AUGGAAGGCAUUCUGUGUGUACCCCCCGAUAGGGGUCCAAUCAUCGGGAGGGCGGUUUGGAAGCCUCGCUAUGUCGUUCUGGGAAACGGGCUACGGGAACCACAAAUACAGUCCGGUCUGGGCCGAUCACAGAGCAACCGAAGCUCUACGCCAGCCCGUAUGCAGAUCAAGGUGAUUCCGGAUACCAUGUAUCUGUCCAUCUACAAGUCAAAGGAGGACUGGGAGCCAGCAUUGCAAGUUGCCGUAUCCUCGAUAACCGACUGCCAGGUUCAGAUGAUGGCGCAUCGCAAGCAAGGGCCUAUCCUUCCAACAAUGGUUGUCAACGUCGCCCCUGAUCCUGCCACCGAGAAGAUGCGCAAACGACGUUCGAGUAGGACCGCCGGUCUAACCACCGGGAAAGAUUCGAUUCCCUCCACAUUACUGUUCCGCGCAGGCGAGGAUAGCCACUCGCACCUCUCCCUCCACGAAUGGGCUCGCUUCCUCCAACAGCUUAUCCGCCCAAGUGUCGUUCCAGAGGGGCAGGCCGCCCAGGCACCCCCUUUGAGUCCCAUCACUCCAGCCUCGCCAAGUUUCGUCAACCCGUUUUCACCACGAUCCGGCGAACUGCAACAUAGGCCGAGCAGCGGGAGCGCGAGCUCACGACCCAGUUUCCACCCCAUGAACUUCACACCAAUAUUCACCAACCGCGAGCGCCCUGUCACUCUAGUCGACACCCCGAGUCUACGCUCCAAGCGCAGCGAUGUGUCGUCACAAACCAGCUCCAUGAACCCAAGCUUGGGGUAUCAGCACUACACGGCCAUGUUUCCUGCCGAUCUUCCAUCACCGGCUACUACUGUUGGUGAGUACCAGGGCGAGUUUAUCGAGGGCUGGACUUCCGCACAGGGAAGGUCUUCCGCGCUGAGCUCACCUGUAAGAGGACGUGACAAUAGCGUUGGUUCUCAGUCACCAGCGCCGCUUCCGCCGCCGAUGCUCGACCCCACUUCACCCCCGGGCCCUCGGGAGACCAUCCUGGAUAGAGCCUUCCAAAUGCGCUGCAUCCCUGGCUCUGAGCGUGAUGUACCGGGAGAAGAGAAACUGAGCUCGUUGGCUCGGUUCGACGCGUUGAUGCGAGAACUAGAUGACAAGAGGAAGAAGCGCGAGGCGGAUGAAGCUAGGAGCAGAUCCGCCACACUUGCAACCUCCGAUCCGGCAACAGAACGCCCUGGACUCAAAAGUGCGUGGGACGUGACCGGGGCCUCGAGCCCAGGGGAAGACAUUGACGAAGAGGACGAGGACAGUGAUGUGCCUGAAGUCGAACGUGACUCGGAGGAUGGCUUUAUGAUCCCAUCCUCUACCCGAAAAGCCUUGGAAUUCAUCACGGGAAGGAACGAAUUGGCUUCGCCACAAAAGCAGUCCUCUCGGCAACCGAUCCAGGGUCCAUUGAUGUAUAACGCGGACGCUUUGAAUGCCCUUUCAUCUGGUGGUGGCGGCAGCUCCUCUCGGCCACAGACCGGUUAUUCUCACAGGUCUCGCCCGUCCAUUGGCGCGAGGACCCAGUCACAGCCUCAGAUGACAGAAAUGCUUGCUGCCUAUGGGAGCCCCCUGAUGGGCGUUCCCGAAGGACGUCCCGAGACGUCGUUUGAAGAAGGUAGUCUGGCUACCGUGAUGAACUCGGCGACGUCGACGCCGCUGCAGCAGAGCCAUCGUCGCUCGACAUCAAGCGGCAAGCGCCUGAGCUUCACCGAGUUCACCAAGCGUCUCAGCAGCACCAGCAGCUUGCUCCUGGUUCAGACCAACAACAGCACCGGCAGCAGUCGUGGCAGCAGCAAUAUUGAGGCUGACGGCGAAAAGGUACAGCCUCAGCAGCGGCCUCAGUCACCGCUGCAGGGCGACAAGAUGGUCCCUCGGAGCGCUGGCUCCCCGCCGCAACGUUCGAUCGACCGAGAGGUUCUGGACAAGCGAUGCGGCUGGCGCGGUAGCGUUGGGGUGUUUGGGGGUGCCGAGGGCGGGUUCCUUUAG